UAAUAAUCAAGGCAGUGAGACCAAACCAAAAAACGUAGCUUUGCGGUUACACAAACUUCCGCGCAGAGAAGCAGUUUGCUAGUGCAUGUGCAUUGAUUAACGUAUUCUACCUAAAUAUAGACAACCUAAUGCAAUAUUCGCGCGUAAAAAAACUAUCCGACUUGAUUUGAAAAACUACAAAGUGAAAAACAAUUGCGUCGUGUCCUAUACGAAAUUCGUCAAGCUUACAGAACACAUAACAAUAUCAUACCCCAGGGUAAAUGCACAAUCUCGAGAAAUUCACAUGAAAGCUAGGAGGGUGACAUCUAUCACGAAAGUGUUUAUCCUACAGAUUUCCACACGGAAUGGGUAUAGGCUUCGAUACUUAUAGCGAAGCUCACAUGAAAGCUCCUACGAAAAUGACAGUAACAACGACAACUUUGACUUUUUAAAAGUCAGCUAUAUUAUUAACCUCAAUUUGUUUGUGAUAGAAGUAAACAAACUUUUUGAAAAAUAGUGUUUAUCUACUUCGAAGAAGUCCACUAAAUGCAGCCUCACGCAGAGAAACUGACGAAACCAAAAAACAUGUCUGAAGAACUAUCUGGAGUUACAGUGAUCAUUAUAAUCGGUUUGGGAGUGUUGACAUUUUUGAUGCUGUUUAUAUUUGCCAAAAGGCAGAUUAUGCGCUUCGCAUUAAGAUCUAGGAGGGGCCCCCAUGUUCCUAUUGGCCACGAUGCCCCUAAAGCAUUGAAAAGAGAAAUUGAACGAAGGCUAGAUCUAAUCCAAAAAAUAGUGUGUGAACCUCAGCUGAUCAGCAAAACUGAUCCAAGGUAUAUUAUUGGUCCAGGACAACAAAUACCUGCACACUAUUAUAGGUUGAAAGCAGUUGAUGAUGUAAAAAUAUUAGAAGCUGAGAUAACAAAACAGGACCCCUGUCUGGUACGGCAUCCAUCAGAAAAUCUCAGAGCAUAUCUUUUAACUACUCUGGCUGCACCUUUAAAUGGUAGUGGUCAAAGACUGAUCCAUCAGUUUUGUGAUCUGUAUGAACAUGCCAGACAUGAUCCCAAUCAUUUUGGCGAUGAAGAGUAUCAACAGUACAAUAGGUUGCUUUUGAAAUUAGUAGAUGCGGCUAAAUUGUUGAAAUCGUACAACAGCAGGAAGUCCUCACCAAACAGGACUCCACAGAAAAAAACAAAUCUGGACAGAAGCAGAAACUACUCAGCAGAUAAAGAAAUACUGAGUGUUGUAGACAAAAUGGAGACAAGACCUACAUCUCUUACUAUCCCUUCUAGUAAUGAUAAUGAAACGCCAGUAUGAGUAACAUUUUGAAUUCGGAUAUAGGUGUUUAUGACCUAGAUAUCUCAGUAUAUGAGCUUGUCACUCUGAUGAUAUAAGAUAGAUAUAUAAGUAACUCAAACUUAUCAUGAUGCCAUCAUACAUUAGUUUUUUCCCAUAACUUAAAUAGAUAGGGUUUUGAAACACUUUGUCAUCACUAAAUUGGAUCAAUCUGAGGAUCCAUAUCUCAGUAAGAUGAGAAUAUGAGCUAAUUGGUUAGACACUUUUAUAUUAGAUCUAUCUAGAUUAUCUCAGUAAUUUAUGAUAUUGGGUAGAAGUAUUCCUCAGCAUAUCUGCUAAAAUGUAUUCUUUUUUAUAUCUUACAUUGUAGAUUUUUAUGAGAUGUUGCAAUACUGACUAUAGGGAAUAUGCAUAUGACUCAAAUAUCGCUUAUGUUAUUUACAAUCUAUAUGACGCCUUCAACCUCAUUUCUGACUUGAGAGCUUAAAACUUACGAGUAGCAAUGAAUAAAAAAUGAAUAGGCGGUGAGUUUAAAAUGCCGAAAUGGAACGCUAUUGGCCAGACGACACCAGUUGCUAGUUGUGACUAGCCAAUCUUUUAAUGAUUUUUUCGCGAGACCACGAUGUAGCACAUGUUAUUCCUGCAAACUUUAAACAUAUAAAAUGUAAAAAACGUUUAAAAAUUGAAUUAAAAUUAUGGAUCCUAAAUCAACCAAGGUUACAAAUCCAUAAGUUUGUUGACACUAAAAACCUAUAUAUUAUUUGAUAAUAAAAUGAUUCAAAUUUAUACAUUUGAUUAGUAAUACGUUUAGAAAAUCUGUUGUAUUAAUAUAAUUCAUCUUCGGUUAAAACCCUAGCACAAGUGUACAUUUUUUUGGGUAUAUUAUGUUUAUUGGACAUUGCCGUUAUUAUUUAUACGAAAAUUUUGUAAUUGGACCAAUAAACAUUAUUAUUAUAGAUACAGGAACCGCACUUGUCAUAUAAAACGGUUUACGAGUAUUUUAAUGAUAUACAUUGGACAAAAACCGAUUGGCCUUUUGAUUUUAGAUUCAAGUUUAUCAAGGAGCUUAAAGCAACCUAACCAAUCCCGAUGUAAGUUGACACUGUCAAAAGUUCGAGAGGGAAAAUUCCAUCUGCCCCCACUUUUUUGUCAAUUCGUCAUUUAAAAUGCAGCUUUUCAUUGUAGUAUUAAGGAUAACAAUUAAACACUUUGUAACCAGAUGGUACGUCAACAACUCUCAGUAACCUAUCAAAAAAUGCUGCGUUUAAAUCCCCGUGAUUGGCAUUACAGUUUUAAAUAUUUAUUAAAUGAAGACGGACUUUCCAUGAGUGAAAUAUGUGUUUACGGCAUUAACGUAAAUAAUUGACAGAGAAUACAAAAAGAAAUCAUGCAUAUUUCCUUCCUUGUAGAACUAUGAUAUUACUUCCGCAAAAUUUAUUUCUUUACUGCUUUUGGAGACGCAAAAUUUUAAGACACACUUUCUAUAUAUAUAUAUAUCUAUAUAUAUAUAUAUAUAUAUAUAUAUAUAUAUAUAUAUAUAUAUAUAUAUUAAAAACACUUCUAUGAAAGAACAAUUGUGAUAUUUUAUCAAAUCUGACUAUAUUGAUAAUUACAACUCAUGUAUUUCAUCCACUUUUGGUGUUUCAUAAACUCGUCAUCAUGUCUAAGAGCCUGUAAUGUAGCACCAAACAUCUCCCUGUAAGUUUUUGGUAUGUACUCUUCUGUGUUCAUGUGAUACAGCCAUUCUAAUGUCUGCAAAUCAGAAGUGUAUUGAUUAAUGGAUAAGGAUGUAUCUAAUAAAUUUAUCAUACAAA